ACGUGUCACCUAUUGUAGAGGGGAGGGGGGGCGUUUCUGUUGCAGGUGCAACAGCCAGCUCAGUCUAACUGUACCGAGCAGAGCGAGUCGCUGUGGUCGCUCCAGCUCCGCUCACCUCGCACAGAGCUCAGCACGAGGUCGAAGUGCAACCUGAAAAAACUCGCUCACUUUAAGUCCAUGGCACUUCGAGAAGUUUCCGUCUCGCUGUGUGGACCAAGGAGUCGAGCGUGAGUCCCGAGUCGUUUCCAGCGCUGAGGGUCAGUGCGCUUUUUGAAGAGGGUCGUGUUUGUAGGGAAAGAGCACUUGAAAGACGCCGCUAACCGGCUCUGCCUUCGCCACAGGCGGUGCGUGUGUAGAUAACGGGAGUCUUUCAGAGGACUAAGAGGAAACGUGAGGAGUCAGAAGCGAGAGAAGAGAGGAGAGCGGACAGGCUUCGUAUGCUGAGGAAUGGAGCUCCGAGUCGGAGAGAAACUUGGCACCUUGCUGCCAGCUUUCACGUUUCUGUGGCUUUUCUCAGGUGUACUAGCCCAGCUACAGAUGCCCCAGUCAAAUGUGGAGGUGAUUCAGGGGCAGAUGGCGGUCCUCCAAGCCUACUACGUAGGGGGCAACAUCAAGCAAGCCACUGUUAUCUGGAACAUGUUAGACAAACCCAUUAUGAUUAUUUCCUAUAUGAACGGUAUUAUAAACCAAGACGAACAGUUUAGAGACAGAGUGGGUUUUGUCAAUCAAAUGCCCAACAACAACUUGUCAAUCUACAUGAAUAACACUGUGGAGUCGGAUUCAGGCAAAUAUAUGUGCCAGGUUGUCAUGCCAGGUUACUCUGGACCUCCCAAGGAGCUGACGCUUGAUGUGAAGGUCCCUCCUGCCCUGCCUGUGUGUGUGCUGCAGGGGAAGCCAGUACUCAAAGCCAAUGUCACACUCUCCUGCCACUCCAGCACUGGAAAACCUGCACCCAAAUACAAGUGGUCCAAAACCAGCCCGUCCUCAGAGGUCUUCUUCUCUCCCAUGCUUAACGAGACUGCAGGCACUCUGAAGCUCAAUAACCUCAGCAGCAACAUGACAGGGAAGUACGAAUGCACAUCCUCCAACUCCGCAGGAGAGGGCAAGUGCUACAUCAACCUGGAGGUCAUCACCUCAACGGAUGCUGGGGUGAUAGCUGGUGCCACAGUGGGUGCAGUGGUGGGCUUUGUCCUCAUCGUCCUCUUCAUCAUUUUCUUAUGGACAAGAAGGAAGGACACAGAGGAAGAUCUGGCCAAUGACAUCAAGGAGGACGCUCAGGCUCCCAAGCGCGUCUCGUGGGCGAAGAGUGGCACAGGCUCAGACAUCAUUUCCAAGAAUGGCACUCUCUCAUCCGUCCACUCCAGCCCUCACCCCCGAGACACCCACAACCACUACCAGCACAACUACCCCCACCCCCACCCCACCUCCGACACGGCCUCCAUCAUCACUGCCACCGGCAGCAUGGCGGGUUACCGUCCCCGUCCCAUCGCUAACUUGGCCACCCCAGAGCGCACUCUGCCCGGCUACAACACUGAUCCCACCCUGCCCCGGCAGCCCCCUGCUCCCCCUAGCUCCAACGGAGGCUCCCUGCCCCGGACUGAAGCGACCCAGCCGCAGAUGCCACACCCACAAGCCCUCCCGACUGGAGUCAGCAUCGCCAACGUCUCCCGGAUGGGGGGUGUGCCCAUCAUGGUGCCAGCGCAGAAUCAAGCUGGCUCUCUGGUGUAAGGACAGUCUGUUUUAACAGCUUAGAGAUAUUACAGCGCCCCCUGCUGGACGCUACAGUGGAAAGAUUACACUGACCCGUGUCACCUGACAGGCGCCCAGUCGAAGAAUGUGCAGUAUGAUGUAACUUUCUUUACUGCAGUGAUGUUUUUUUAUGUUUUUAUAUACUAAAUAUUAAGAAUUUAUGUAAAAAAAACUACAAAUACAUUGUUUCAGUAACCCUAAUUCUGUUAUUUAAUAUAUUAUCAUUUAUUUUUGUUUUUUUAAUACUUUUAUGGAGUAUUAAAAAAGUGUUGCAGAGAAGUCUAACCUUGAUGUACAGUUACUGAAGCACACAUUAUAAUGGACAAGCAACUAUUCAGCUUUAGUUAGUUAGAAUGACUUUGUAUUUGUUGUUAUUACUGCAAACACUGUGCUUUAAUGAUUUGUUCUUUAAAGAUGUUGAAACACCUUGUUAAAACUAAACUCAAGGCCCAGUGCACAUUAUUUAAUUUUUCAUUGUAUGUUUUUGUAAUACAUUCACCUGCCAUUUGUAUAUAAGCAGCAGCAAAACAGGAGAAUUGUUUGUCUUUUUUUCACACCCUCGACAUAUAUUUGCCUUUAAGUGUUCUUUGGCCAAAUAUAGGAAAUAAAUGCAUAGUAGCUUUUAGAAAUGUUGCUGUUGUAGCUCUUUUUCCAACACAGAAUGUAGAAUUUGGCAUAUAAAAGUAGUAAAGCAGAUAUUUUGGUCCUUAUUUUCUUGUUUCUAAACAAAAAAGAUAGUAGUAAUGAACGUUGUAAGCUAAAUGGAUAUCUACCUGAACCUGAUUCAACUGGAUAUCAAACCAAAGAUAUGCUGUGUUAGUCACUGUUUUGUGAAUAGCUCUUAAUGAUCCAGGUUAAACAAGCAGAACUGGUAUAUUAUGUAGCUUGUGGCCGUUUGUCAUUAUUAUGUUCGGACCUACAGGAUUUCCAAAAAAUAGAACUGAAUGUGGAAUAGUGUAUUCUAGUGUAGUGUCUUAAGUAACAGCAAAGUAAGAUGAUCAAUAAUUAUGCUUGCCCGUUAGGUGAAAAGUAUUUCCUUUUUCAUUUUUCAAAUUUGUGAGAACUAAAAUAGAAGUCCUUUGCAACCCUCAAUGGUUCUGUUAGUGAUUCAGCAAACAAUGCAAUCUGUCCUCACUGGAAUUUGGCUGGAUAGCCAAGCAUUUGAUUCUACUAACCUUUUCUUAACAAACUCUCUUCACCAAAUGCUGUAUUAGUGGUUAUGUUUUUUGCUUUUUAAUGCAUUGAACUGUUUUUGAACUACAAAACAUUUCAUUGCGUGAAUGGAUUUUCAAGGCAACACCAACUGAGCCCCUCCAGCGAAAACCAUAGUCCAUCCUUUCUGGAUUAUCAUUUAUUUUGUUUUCUAUUAUAUUUUGUACAACCUUUUCAAAUUAAAAAGCCAAAUUGUGGCUUAUUUACAUUUUAAUAACCCCUUUAUUUUAAAUACAUGGCAUCAAAGUCAUACCAUGCUUAUAUGAUUAUUACAAAAAAUGUCACAUAUACUGUUGUUCAUUGCAGGACUGAAGUUAUUACACUGAAUGUUGCUAUAUUUUCAGUUCGUGAGCUGAAUUGCUGAACUACUCUCCAGCGGGACAUAUUUGUGUGUUGUGAAUGUUGGACAGGCACUUGUAUGAGCACAUUAAUUUACUGUAUAUGGCCAACCAUACUGUGUUUCAUGUACAGAAGCCAAACAAAGUAUAUUAGCUUUUAUUAAGGUCCAUUGUGUUCUGGAGGAUCUGACUAUUAUGUAUAUGGGACAUUUGCUGUACAUGGAAACAGGAAAAAAAACUUUGUAUUGAUAUUUUUAAUUAAAUGAGAAAUGUAUUGGUACAAUUUUGUUCUAAUCUAAUGACAGAUCUUGUCUCAUCGGUUUUGAUAGAAUUUAUUUUAUUUUGUUUUCAUGUUUAUUCAUUGAUGUUCUCUCACUAUAAACACCACUAUGCAUUAUUUAAAUACAUCACGCAGCCAUUGGGAAACCCUGUGGUGUCAACCAAUUGAGAUUGUUAGCCUAGAUCUAAUAAGUCUAUAUUUUAAGGCUAUAAAUCUGAUCUGAUAGGCUAAUAAAUAGCCAUAGUGUAACUUACCUUGGUCAUCAAACAAAAUGAUAUAGAAAACAGUAAAAAUGGUGACCACACAUUUUAUGCUGAAAAAAUAUCUUAAACUCAGGAAUCUAGAUAGUAAGCUGCCUUGCUGUCCUUAGCUUUCAGCUUCCUCCUCAUCUGGCAAGUCAUUUCAAAACAGUCCCCCAAAAAUCCACCCCAAACUGGUUGUAGUGUCUGAAAAGUUCCUCCCACUUUCAAGAAACAUUGUUAAAAGGGGGCGUUCCUAGUUUUUAAACAGAUGUAGUGAUGGUCACAUUUUUAAUUGGCCUUUAAAUGUAGAAUUACUGCAAGUGUUUAUGGGUUACUGGUGGUUUUAAUGUUUUGCAGUGCUGCCAUCUCCAGGACUGAAGAGGCAUUGCAUUUAACAUCAUCAAGCUGCACCACACCAAGACAAAUCCAUACAGAGAUCUAGUGUUUUCUUCACAGGGUUCGACAUUUAUUUGAACUUUGACUCAGCCAUAUUUUGCCUUCCUCCAUGCCCCUUAGUAAACAAGAAAUAUAUACAUUAAAGAUAUGAGUGCAUUAUGGCAUAAUAAAUGAGAGUUACACUAACUCAGUGCAGAAACUGCACACUCUGGUAAGAAA